CUCAUACCAACAUGUCAACUUGCGGAAUCAAUCUAAAAAACUUUGGUUUUGUUUAUUCCAUAAAAGUAACGGAUAUCAGUAAUGGCUUUCAUUGGACACCAGUGGUAACAAAUGUUAGCGGAGUGUCGUGGUUCAUUUCUGUUUGUACGGGGCUUUGGGAUGGGGAAAGUGCAAUUUACGUAUACGUGAAGUGUUCACCGUGUAACAAGUCGAAGGAAUCGGAAUGGUCUUGCGAUGUGGAUUUUUCAAUUACAAUGAAUUCAAUAAAGCCCAAUCAAAACGCUUAUGUGCAAAGUUAUAGAAACACCACAUUAAAUCAUGAUUCCAACAACGUUGGAGGCACAUUCAUCACUUGGACUGAUAUGCUGCCGUAUUUGCGAGGCCAUUUAAUGGUUUUGGAUAUUGAACUAUCAAUGAGUCCCAUUCGAUUGUAUCAACCAGCACAAGUUUUCCCGGAAAAAUCCACCUUUCGGAUUUUUGUGGACAAUAUAAGCCAACUUGGACUAAAGUUUGGACCUAAAUUUAUUCUUGGUGGUAAUAGUUGGACGGUGUAUGUUACGAAAAGUGGAGAAUAUUUGGGAAUUUUCUUGCGUGACUUGAGAGAUCCUAUGAUCAAAAAUUGGACAUGGCAUGCAAAAUGCUCAUUCAAGUUGCUCACGUCCGAACUUUUCUUCAAUCCAUACGCUCCUGCAGCUGUAGAGCAGAAAUUUCAUUACAGUGGCCACGAUUGGGGCUAUCCAGAAUUCAUACGAUGGGACAUUUUGAUGCGUCCAGAAAAUAAGUUCGUGCAAAAUGACCGAGCCGUUUUUGAGAUUGCUUUAGAAGUUCAGGCUGCCGAGCCUUUAUGGAACAUUGAGCGUGAGUCAGUAAGAAUUGAAGAGGAGCCUAUUUGCUGGAAACAACACAACACACACAAUAAUGAUAAAGACACACUCGAAUGUCCAAUAUGCUAUGAAAGUGUUAGCGACCGAGAUCCAGUCACAACAAAAUGUGGUCAUUUAUUCUGCAGCGCUUGUAUCAAGCAAACGAUUAAAAAACUUAAAAAAUGCCCAAUAUGCAAUGUUAGUGCCAAAUCAGCUGAUCUGCGUCGUAUUUAUCUUACGCGAUAAAAACGAUUUUUUUCAUUAAAUUCUCAAUAAAAAAUUUGAUUUAAAUGUUCACAGUGCUUUCUUUCUAUGUAAGAAUAUACUUUGU